CUUACCAUUAAGUGGGAUGCUCAGUUAGUUAAACAAUAAGUACAUGUACUACUGAAGUAAUACACUGACAAUACUGUGUGAAGUGUUCUGAAAUUCACUUAACCAGUGACACAAGUUUUUCACUAUAACUAGGAUGUAAAAGAUACAGAUGUGUUAAAAAUGUUUUUCAUAACAUCAACACAAUUGUUUUAACCGGUUUCAAUUAUAAUUGGGAAAAUAUUUAUUAUCAAAGUAAAAAGAAUGGCUGUUCAAGGAAAAUGGGAAAACACAGAAUUGCUGUCCAGCUCUGAUGAAGAUCUUAAAAUAUACUGCCAGCCAUGUGACCAUGAUGGACCAAGAAUGCCAGCUUUUGGCUUCUGUACAGACUGUAGAGAACAUUUGUGCGAAACAUGUUUCAAUUUACACAAAAGACAUACUCUGUCUAGAGACCACAUCCUUCUUGAGAAAAGCAACAUGCCCCAAACCUUUAUCUCUGCAACUGGCAGCCAGGCCGAAACACUCACAACAUCAUGCUCACAUCAUCAGAAAGAAAUGAUAAAAUUCUUCUGCCAUGAUCAUAAAGCUUUACUGUGUCAUGUAUGUAUUACCAUGGACCACCCUAGGACUUCAUGCAAAGUUAACUAUAUCCCUGAAAUUUCUGCCAGCAUUAUUGAUAGCAAAGAAUAUCAAGAUAUCUUGAAGGCAAUUGAAGAUGUGUCAAAAGACUUUGAUAGUAAGUUUGAAUAUUUGAAGAAAAUGAUUGAAAAAUCGGACAAAUCUUUGACAGAUGCAAUGGCAGACUUAAGAAAGUUCCGGAUAGAAAUCAAUGAGAGGCUAGACAAACUAGAAAGUGAAACUGAAACUAUUGCUAAAGCAAUCCAACAGGAGACCAGUUUGAAUCUGGAAAAAUUCAAAACAAAAUGUGAAGAGGUGACUAAAUCUCUUACACCAUGGUUAGAUACCAUUCCACAUCUCAACAAGCAAAUGCAAGCAGACAGACUGUUCAUGCAAAUCAAAUUGGCGGAACAAAUGAUCCAAGAUUACAAGGAAACUAUCUUACAGAUAGCAGCAAAUGAUGUCAAGCAGUACAAAUUUGAGCCAAACAAAGAUCUUAAAAGCCUACUUCAUGAAGAAAAGUUCCUUGGAUCUUGGGAGACUAAACAAGUUAGACCACAACGUCCUUCGAAAGCCCCUUGUCGUGCCAAUCCAGGAAGAGUGCAAAUGUUGGUGAAAUUUGCGUUAAAACAUUCAAAGAUCAAUCAAUUUGCUUUGUAACAGGAAUGGCCCUCCUUACUCCUGAUCUUCUUGUAAUUGUGGACCAAGGUAACAAUGCUAUCAAAAUGGUAGAUAUUACAAAGAAGUCUGUUAUAGACGAGAUUUACUUGGAUGAAACACCCACUGAUAUAACAUCUGUUUCUAAGCAUGAACUUGUUGUUACUCUUUCAUCUGCACUUCUGUUUUUAUCAGCUUCUAGCAAGAAACUCAACAAGGGACACACUCUCAACCUUCAUGGACACUGUACAGUGAGCGUUAGCUGUUACCAAGACAAAAUGGUCGUGUCAUUUUCCAGUCCUGCAAAAGUUCAGAUACUUGAUAUGAGUGGCAUUAUCCUUGGGACAGUUCAAGAUGAAACUAUUUUUAAAGAAUCGGGAUAUGUCACAACAUGUGAAAGUUGCAUCUAUGUAUCUGACAUCAGUAUCAACACUGUAACUAAGUUAGACUGGCAGGGUAACGUGAUGUGUAAAUAUGUUAGUAAAGGUGAAGCAAGGGGUAUUACAAUGUCAAAUGGUGAAAAUUUCUUUGUCUGUGACUGGAGAAACAACAUGAUAAAGGAAGUAUCAGGGGAUUGCUCAGAAGAAAAAGUAGUAGUGAAGACCAACAGGGAACCAUAUGCUGUAUGUUGGUGUAAUGAAACAAGCAUGAUGUACAUUAGCAGCUGUAGCCUCCCAAACAACAACAAAGACAAUUUUCUUCAGGUCUUCAAGUUGUCCUAAGGUGUAUCAUUAACCAAUUGAUUUGUAUAUUAGCCACUCUCUGUGUCUUAAAUAGACUAAGCAAGCAUCCAUAUGUCCAGAAGUAAUCUCAAUGUGCUAUUUAGGUGACAGAGUUGGCUGGCUAAAUGAAUCUCAACUGGAAGGAAUAAAUUAGGAUACAUCUACAAAAAGUAUUGAAGGAAUACAUAAAUAAACAUUUACAAACUGUAUGGAAGGAAUACAUUAACACACCUCUACAAACUUUAUGGAAGGACUACAUUAACACACCUCUACAAACUGUAUGGAAGAAAAACAUCAACACAGCUCCAUAAACUGUAUAGAAGGAAUACAUUUCAACACACUACAAAAGGUAUGGAAGGAAUACAUUAGCACACCUCUACAAACUGUACGGAAGGAAUACAUUAGCACAUCUCUACAAACUUUAUGGAAGGAAUUCAUUAGCACACCUCAACAAAUUGUAUGGGAGGAAUACAUCAACACAACUCUGCAAACUGUAUGGGAGGAAUACAUUAACACACCUCUACAAACUGUAUGGAAGGAAUACAUUUAAACACAUCUAAUCUACAAACUGUACAAAAGGAAUACAUUAACACACCUCCUCAAACUGUAUGGGAGGAAUACAUUAACACACCUUUACAAACUGUAUGGAAGGAAUAUAUUAACACACAUCUACAAACUGUAUGGAAGGAAUGCAUUUAAACACAUCUACAAACUGUACGUAAGGAAUACAUUAACACACCUCUACAAACUGUAUGGAUAGGAAUUCAUUAACACACCUCUACAAACUGUAUGGAAGGAAUAUAUUAACACACAUCUUCAAACGGUAUGGAAGGAAUACAUUUAAACACAUCUACAAACUGUACAAAAGGAAUACAUUAACACACCUCUACAAACUGUAUGGGAGGAAUACAUUAACACACCUCUACAAACUGUACGGAAGGAAUAUAUAACACUCAUCUACAAACUGUAUGGAAGGAAUACAUUCAAACACAUCUACAAACUGUAUGGAAAGAAUAAAUUAUCACACAUUUACAAACUGUACAGAAGGAACAUAUUAUAUAUUUAAUACACAUUUACAAACGGUAUGGAAGAAAUGUUUUAUAUACAUGUACAAACAUUUUGCAAGGAAUGCAAUAUACACAUUGUUUAAGAUGAUAUAUUCUUAAGUACAUGUAUAUCAAACAGCUUUUAAUAAACUUGUUAUAUAGUUUGA